AGCUAGUCUUGUCUGCACUGGGCGGAUGACAUUGGGAGACGCUCUCUCCCCGAUUCUCUUCUACCCGGCACUGGAGGUCACUUUCCGUUCCCACACAGGCCUCAGACAGACACCCGGCGGGCAGCAUGGCUCAGGCAGCACAGAAACUCGUGAAGACCCUCGCUGUGAAGACGCCUCAGCUCGUGGGCGCCGCUCUCACCUACUCUAAGCCACGACUUGCCACCUUCUGGUACUAUGCCCGGGUAGAGCUGACACCUCCAAGCCCUGCCGAAAUUCCAAAAGCCAUUGAGAGCAUUAAAGGAUUGGCACAGUCCUUCCAGAAGGGCCGGUUGUCUGAAAUUACUGUUAGGGAUGCCUUGAGGAACGGUCUGGUAGCCACUGAGGUCCUGUUCUGGUUUUAUAUCGGAGAAUGCAUCGGGAAAGGAGGCCUGAUUGGAUACAAUGUCUGAGACCUUCACCAGUUCUAGUUUCUUAAUCUUGUGCUGACCUGUAUCUGUAAAAAUGAUGGACUCAAUAAAUAAACCUCCAAGAGGCAUUCCCACUG